UUUUCUCUCUCUACAAAUACCUCCUCUCUCCUUUUCUCUCUCCACAAAUACCAUAUCUCUCUCUCUUGCUCUCUCUGUAAGACAUUUCCAUAAAUCCGAAUUCACCUGUGUUUUUAAGGGAUGGAGACGGGGAGUUUGCCAAGUAAGCAACGUUUUUCUCACUCUUCUGGUAUUGUGCGGGCUUCCUGUAAACGUCGUCACGCUCGAGGAAAAAAAAGACUAAAAAAGUCUAUUAUAAUUGCUGGGUCAAGUACGGAUAAACUGUAAAUAAAUUAUUUUUUGUACGAUUUGUUGCAUGCUAUAAAAGUCAGAGCUCUCAUAUCCUUGAAGCUUCGUAUCUCUGGAUCUUCGUAUAUUGAUGACACGAGUAGUAGUGAGCUCAGAAUUAUGGUUACUUCUUUCAUGGAGGAAUCUGGUUUUUGUGAACAAUUUGCAUUUAAGGAGGCUCUGUUGUGGUGGUUUUCUGAUACUAUGAAGUUCAAUUGAUGGACAAGCUUCAGAGCUAGGUAAAAGGUUUCACAAAAAGGUGUACUCGCAUGCACAUAAAAACUUUGCCAAUAUUGCCAAUAUAGAAGAAGGAAAGGGAAGCUAGGGAAACUUUGCUGAACAAUGGCAUGAAGAUAGGAAGAAUAAGCUGUGCACAUAAGAAGGGUUACAAAUGAUAAAGAUUCACACAAGCAUAACAAAAUUUCAGGUUGUUACUGCUUCGUGUCAAAAAAAAACAAAAAAGAGUCCUACAAUUGCAUGAUUAAUGGCUUUUCACAAUAAAGAUGAACUUCCCAUGUUGGAUACUCGCAUUGAGGUACUUAAUGAUGGCGGUUUUGACCGUGAGAGGAAACGGUUUAGUCUCAGCAGAUGUGUGUCAUUCUCUGUGGAUGCUACCCCAACUCCCAAUAGCAACGAAUAUGUUCCUAUGUUCCAUACCGGGCCUUUGAGAAGUUCAAGAAAAAAUCCAUAUUUACGUUCACGUGAUCUUAUACAUACUCUUCGUGAUAAUGAAGGUUCACAGGGAACUUCCAGAUCAAAUGCAGUACAAGCAAUAGAAUUUCCGAAUGAUAAUGGAAAGACACAAGAGAGUGACAAGGAAAAGCUAGAUAAUAGCUAUGAUGGGAAGAAUGAGCAUCUUCUGAGGUCUGGGCCUUUGGGAAGGUGCAAUGAUCCAUUUUGCACAACAUGUCCUUCAUAUUAUAAUAUUAAAGCAACAACCCAGAGAUGGCCGUAUUCUUCUUCAAAAUUCGAACUUAAGUUCGAUUCUGCACUUUAUGGGGAUGCUAAAGGCUGGAUCAGGAGAUCAUUCUCUGACUUAAGUUCUAAAAUUCCUGGCGUAAUGAAUCCACACUCCAAGUUCGUUCAACAAUGGAACAAAUUUUUUGUUGUUUGUUGCUUCAUUGCGAUUUUUGUGGACCCAUUAUUCUUCGUACUUCUAUGGGUGCAAAAGGACUACAACUGUAUGGUUCUUGAUUGGUCCUUAGCAACCGCAAUUGCUGUUGUGAGAAGUUUCACAGAUUUCAGCUAUUUCUUACACAUGCUUCUCCAGUUUAGGGUGGCCUAUGUUGCUCCAGAAUCCCGAAUUAUUGGUACUGGUGAUUUAGUUGAUCACCCGAAAAAAAUUGUUCUUCAUUAUCUUCGUGGCAAAUUUUUAAUUGAUCUCUUUGUUGUGUUACCUCUUCCACAGAUCAUGAUUCUGGUUGUGUUGCCUAAGUAUAUAGGAUCCUCGGCUGCUAAUUAUGCAAAAAAUCUGUUACGAGCCACUGUUCUUCUCCAGUAUAUCCCAAGAAUGUGUAGAUUUCUUCCAUUGCUUGUUGGUCGAUCUGAAACUGGGUUCAUAUUUGAGUCAGCAUGGGCAAAUUUUGUCAUUAACCUUCUCAUUUUUGUCCUGGCGGGGCAUGUGGUGGGUUCCUGCUGGUAUCUCCUGGGCUUGCAGAGGGUUAAUGUAUGUUUACGAGAUGCUUGCUGGAAAUUUAUAAACACUUCUGCCUGCUUUGAAUUCCUUGACUGUGGUCAUGGGAGCUAUCUGGAAAAAUUCAAAGAGUCAUCACUUUGGGAUAGCUGGAAGAAUAAUUCUGUUGCUGCCCAAUGUUAUGACGCUAAAAAUGGCCCCUUCCCAUAUGGAAUUUAUGGAACAGCUGUUCCUGUUACUAUUGAAUCUAGAAUUAUCUCAAGAUAUAUUUAUUCUUUGUUUUGGGGUUUUCAGCAAAUCAGUACUCUAGCAGGAAACCAAGUUCCUAGUGUUUUUCCGUGGGAAGUUCUCUUCACAAUGGGCAUAAUUGGACUUGGCCUCUUCCUCUUUGCUUUGCUUAUUGGAAAUAUGCAAAACUUUCUACAAUCUCUCGGGCGAAGGAGAUUGGAAAUGCAAUUACAGCGCCGCGAUGUUGAACAAUGGAUGAGUUAUCGACGUCUGCCAGAGGAUUUGAGGAGGCGUGUGCGACAAUCGGAAAGGUUUAAUUGGGCAGCAACACGUGGUGUAAAGGAAGACCAUCUUCUUGAGAAUCUACCGGAGGAUCUACAAAGAGACAUACGGCGUCAUCUUUUUGAAGUUAUCCAGAAGGUUCGAAUUUUUUCAGCAAUGGAUGAGACUACCUUGGAUAUAAUUUGUGAAAGAUUAAGGCAAAAGCUGUAUAUAGAGGGAUGUGAAAUUCAAAGUGAUGGAGGCCCAAUUGAGAAAAUGGUUUUCAUUGUGAGGGGUAAAAUGGAGAGCACUGGGGCAGAUGGAUAUGUCACUGCCUUAGCAGAAGGUGAUGUGGUUGGUGAGGAGCUUCUUACAUGGUGGCUUGAGCAAUCUCCUUCGAGUAAGGAUAAACAGAAAAUGCGGCUCAUGGAGCAUGUAUUAAUUUCCAGAAGAAAAGUGAAAUGUAUAUCAAAUGUCAUAGCUUUUGUGCUCCGAGGUUCUGAUCUGGAGGAAGUUCCAUUUCUAUUUAUGCGAUUCCUAAGGAACCCUGAAGUUAUACGAAUCAUCAGGUGUCAAUCACCAUACUGGAGAGCACUAGCUGCAACUCGCAUUCAAGUGGCAUGGAGAUACAGGAAGAAAUGGUUGAACCGAGGGGCAAGCAAGCCUACUGAGAUCCAAUGAUAACAUCAAUAAAAUAGAAGUGAUGUAUAUUCUAAGCAUGUAUGUUAUACGUGCGGUUUAUAUAAGGCAGCAAUCUUACUUAUAGAAGUAGGGUUCUGACACCAUUCAUUAUAUUCUAAACUCGUAUAUUAUAAGUGUGAUUUAUGUAAAGCUCAAUCUUAUCUGUAAAAGUAAGAUUGCAGUGUUUUACACCAUUCAUUUUAUUUGGAUAGUGUAUGUUUGGUAUAUCUUUUAAGAUAAUAACACAUUAGUGUAAAUUACUGCAAUCUUUAUUCUACGAGUAACGUGGCUCUUAUAUAAA